AUGGUACUUUUAUAUAGAAACAGUAUAUUAAGAAAUUUGUUAAAAAUAAAUAAUAGAAUUAUAAUUUAUAAUAAAUAUUUAGAGAAUGUAAAUAUAUGUAGUAUGAUUAAAAAGAAUUAUGGUAUUUCAACAAAUCAAAUUACAAAAGAUAUUAGUAAUGAAGAAAUAAUUAAACAUAUGAAAAGCGAAUAUGAUAUUAACUCGGAUUUAAUUGAUUUAAAUAUAAAAAAAACUAAUGAGAAAGAUAUUUAUGAAAUAAGUAAUAGAUGGAGUAGUUUCUUUAAAUGUGAAAAAAGUUUAUAUAAUAUAAUAAAUAAAUACUUAAAGACAAACAAGAUUGAUAAUUUUUUACAUAAAUAUUUAAAUUUCAUGAAUAGUGAUGAAUUAAAAAAAGUAGAGGACUGUAAAAAUAAAAAUAAUUAUGAAACAGAAGAAGAAAUUAAAAAUAUAUUAAUAUAUAUAAUGGCUUUUUAUUAUAAAAAUGUUCGUGAUUUUAAUAUAAUAUCUUUAUUAAGUGAAAAUUUAAUAAAGUUACUAAAAAAAUUAAAUUCUGAUUAUCAAAAUAAGCAUUUAAUUUUUACAAUUUUCGAAGUAUAUAAUUAUAUAAAUGCUAUGAACGAUGAGUUAUUUUCUAUUCUUUUUGAUAUAUUAAAUAAUUAUUAUGUAACCUCAAAAAUAGAAAAUAUAAAUGAUGAUGAAAUUUUACUUAUUUUAAAGACGCUUUAUAAUCAAAAGUAUAAAAACCAUUUGAUAGUUAACCAAAUUAUAAAUUAUAUAAAAAAUUCUUCUAAUUUAAAUUCAGAUAUUUUAGUAAAUUCUUUUUAUUAUUUAUCUUUACUAUCAAGAAUGGAUAUUCCUUUAAUUAAUAAAAUUCAUACUCAUAUAUUUUAUGUAAAUAACGAUAAAAAAAACCCACAAUGUAUUAAAGAAAAUAAAGGAGAACCUAUUAAAGAAAAAUUCUCAAAUAAACUAGAAAGUGAAGAUGUCAUAGAAAAAAAUAAUAAGAAAGAAAAUAUUACGAAUAAUAUAAACAUAGAAAAAAAAAAAUUGGAAAAUGAGAAUAAAGAAACAGAAGAAAUUGAUUUAAAUAAUAUUGAUAAUUUUGAUGAUAUAAAAUUAAAAAUAAAUUUAUCAGCAAGUUGUUGUUCAAAAUUAAUAUAUGCCUAUUUUGCUUUGGGUGAAGAUUACAUAAAUUGGUUUAUCAUUUAUAAAUUACUUUUAAUACUUUGUGAAAAUUUAAAGGAUGAAAACAUUUUAAAAAAAGAAAAGAAAAUGCAUGAAAGAUUAUGCGUUAUCAGGAGUUAUUUAAGAUAUUCUAAAAGAAAUUUUUAUAACAGCUUACCAAAAGAUGUAAGAAAAAAGUUAAAGGAAGUGUGUAUUUUGGAUAAUAAUGAAAAAAAAGUGAAUGAAAGAAAUUUUGUAGAAAAAUUAUCAUGGCAUUUAAAGAAACUUCGCAUUCCGCAUAUUAAGAAUGCAUAUAAAGGAGGAAUCAUAUUUGAUAUAUUAGAAAAAGAUCAAAAACUAGUGUGGUUAUGUUUUUCAUAUCACCAUUAUUACGUAAAAACAAUUGAUUUAACUAAUGAAAAAUUGUUACAUAUUAAUAUAAUUAAAUCGAUGAACUAUAAAGUUGCAAAAAUACAUUACUACCAAUUCUCUAGAAUGAAAGCUAGAAGAACUAGAUUUGAAUAUAUAAGAAUGUGUAGAUAUUACACUUUACGUGAUAGAAGAAAUUUUGAUGAUGAAUUUGAAGGAUGGAACUUACCUUACAUUAAUUGGUAUCAUAAAAAAAAUAAAAAUAUUCAUAUAUCAAAUUAUUUUUAUAAUUAUAAACCAAUAUCAGAAUUGAGUUAUUAG